AUGUCUGUGGAGACAGUGGAGGCCUUCGACCCAAACCCCACCCUUGGGGCGCUGCUCAUUGGGACGCUGCUUGGCUCGAUUCUGUUUGGAGUUACCACGGCGCAGGCGUACAUCUAUUACAAGCGCUUCCCGGACGACCACUGGGCGAUCAAAGCGACUGUAGUCCUGGAGCGCGGGCGGGUGCACGAGUCGACGAGGACGUUUUUGGACAAACUCAUAUUGUGGUCCCUGGAAACUGGAUUGAUCACUUCAUCGUUUUCGCUCAUAACGGUCAUCCUGUUCCACACAAUGCCUAAGAACUUGUUCUCCAAUUCCUUUUUCGCAAGCUUAAACUCUCGCACCGUCCUCCGCGAGCUGCGUGAUAACAAGAACGGGCAGAUGCUCAGCUGGACAAAUCCUGCACUCCGCCAAACGGCAACAGCACCACAGCAACUGCCCAUCUCUGUCUCGGUUGCGGUGCAUACGAUGCAGGACGUGGACUCGGAUCAGGACACAGAGCUGACGUUGAUGCCUGUGAAAGAGACGGAACACUGUUGA